AGUUUCUUUUAAAGUGUCAUGGCGUCCCCCUGUGCACCGUGAGGCAACGUGAUCGCUUGUUAAAAUGAGCAGCUCUUCGUUUGCGUGUAUCAUUAUCGUUUAAUUUCAACACGUCCCGUUUGAGGGGGAAAAGAUUCGCUCCUGGAUUAUUUUCGUUGACAGACAGAAAUGGCUUCAUUUAAACCUACAAAAAUCCACGUUUAUCCCAAACUUGGAGAGAAAGUCACACAGGACACGGUGUACUGGAAAAACUUCAAGGCUCCGGUCCAGAUAAAAGAAUUUGGGGCAAUCACAAACAUAGACGUUUCCCCUGUGACUCCACAUAAUUUUGCUGUGACAGCAUUCACAAGAAUCCACAUUUACGGGCAGUUCUCCCAAGAGCCUGUGAAGACGUUUACACGGUUUAAAGACACCGCAUACUGCGGGAGGUUCAGGUCAGAUGGUCAGCUACUUGUGGCGGGAUGUGAGGACUCCGUGGUCCGGCUUUUUGACGUCAGCGGCAAGGUGGCACUCAGGAUGUUCAGAGGCCACACAAAGGCUGUACAUGUAACGGACUUCACCUCAGACCGUUACCAGAUCCUCACGGGGUCAGACGACUACACCUGUCGACUUUGGGACAUGCCAAAUACCACCGAGCUAAACACCUACCAAGAACACACAGAUUACAUCCGCUGUGGCAUCACGAGCAAACUCAACAGAGAUCUCUUCUUUACUGGAUCAUACGACCACACGCUGAAACUGUUUGAUGCCAGAGUGGAUAAGAGUGUGAUGACUAUGGACCACGGCCAGCCAGUGGAGAGUCUGCUUCUCUAUCCUUCCGAGGGUCUCCUCGUCUCUGCAGGGGGGCGCUAUGUGAAAGUGUGGGAUCUGCUGAAAGGGGGCCAACCUCUGGUGUCCCUGAAGAACCAUCACAAAACCGUCACCUGUUUGUGCCUCAGCAGCAAUGGACAGAGACUGUUGUCAGGUUCUCUGGACAGGCAUGUGAAGGUGUACAGCACAACCAACUAUAAAGUAGUCCACAACUUUGACUAUGCUGCCUCCAUCCUCAGUCUGGCUUUAGCUCCGGAUGAUGAGUCCAUUGUUGUCGGUAUGACCAAUGGUAUUCUGAGUAUGAAGCACAGAAAAAGCCCUGAAGAGUCCAAAGAAAUCUCUGGCCAACAGAGGCGACGACCGUCUUAUCGUGUUUUUGUGAAGGGGAAGAACUACGUCCCGAAACAGGAUGAUUUUCUCGUCUGUAAGCCAGUCAAACAGCAUUUGGCCAAAUACGACAAGCAGCUCAAGAGAUUUAACGUAUCUAAGGCUUUGGAUACAGCACUGGAGACAUGGACAAGAUUCAGAAAACCAGAGAUCACAGUUGCUGUUAUAAAGGAGCUGGAUCGAAGAGGAACACUGAAGAACGCUCUGGCAGGACGGGAUGAACAAUGGCUCGCUCGCUUUCUCAACUUCCUAAUAGGGAAUUUGGUUGACCGGAGAUUUGCUCCCAUCCUCGUAACAGCGUCUGAAAUGAUCUUCGACAUCUACCGGUCAGUAAUUGGCCAGUCCCCAGUUGUGGACCGACAGCUGCUGCGUCUACAGGAUCUGCUGGAGAGGGAGAUCGACUACCAGCAGGAACUCCUGGAGGUGCUGGGCAUGUUGGACACAAUGUUCGCCUCCUCCAUCCCCAGGAAGGAAGUGCCCUGCUCCGCCAUCAGCAGGUCUAAUGGGCUGGCUGAGGGAGAGGCAAGACCGCAGCUUCCAGCCUCCUGAGGCUUGAAGCUCGGGGGGGAAGAACUGUUCUAGCCUGGGUCAGAGUACCAUUACAACUCUACAGCCUCUUUUUGAAACGUCAGACACAAACUGACAUGUCGGGCCACAGGUCAUCAAACAGAACCAUUUUGGUGCAGGUUUUAAGAGACUGACAAACUCAUGGUGUCACUGGGGUUUUUAACUCGGCGUGACUGACGACGUAACAGACAACUAUGAGAACAUGCAUUUACCGUGUGAAUGUAAAACACGGUCUUCCUAUUAUUGAAAGUCUAAUAAUUACACUUUCAAUUGAAAAGCGCGUGUGGAUGUGUCUGCGUACGUACCCACACUUUGUUUAACAAAUGUCACUGUAAAUGUCUGCUUUGAAUUUUUUCGUAAUAUUUUGUGUUGACAAAUGUUUUAUAAGCGGAUAAAAAUAAAUCUUUUGUCAUAUUGAAA